AAUGCUAAGGGCAAAGUUCAGAUCCAUGGCAUCAGAGAGCACCCUUGUUUCCUUGUUUUACAUUUCCACCAGGGAGUCAUGCUAAAAAUGCAAUUAGCUGUGUGUCGAGUGCUGCCAGUGGUUUUCAGGGACGGUUGAUCAAUUGGCACCAAGACUUAUGUCUACAGAUGGUGCCCUGUCUUCACUCAAUAUUCUAAGGCAAUAUAUUUGUAAUUAAUCUGUAUCUGAUCUCUGGUAUGUUGUCUCAAAGGAGAAGUAUGACGUCAGUGAACGAGGUGUUGAAUUAAGUUUGAAUUAGCAUUUCAGAGCAUAUAAAAGGCAGCCAUCUGAGCUUGAUUCAGCUUGGCUGGUUCGGUGCCACAUACAGGCUCCCUCAUUCUGAAGCAAAUUCUAGCAAAAUCUGGAUUUCAUUGGAAACACAAGAAGUAACCAGAUUUGAAACUGUAGUCAUUUACAUAGAAGUCAUGAUGAAUGUCUCUAAACUCAUGCAGACCUGUUCAAUGGGCUCAACUUGCCUUCCAGAGGACACUGACCCAUGUGCCAAAGCCCCUCAGGUCACAAGGAUCAAAGUUCAGCUGGAAACAUAUAGGCUUUGGCAACAGUUUGACCAGCUUGGCACUGAGAUGAUAGUUACAAAAGCUGGGAGGAGGAUGUUUCCUACAUUUCAAGUGCACAUUACAGACAUGGACCCUGCAGCAGAGUACGUCCUCCUCAUGGACUUCAUUCCAGUGGAUGACAAGAGAUACAGGUACGCCUUCCAUAGCUCUUCAUGGCUCAUGGCGGGUCGUGGAGAUGUUGCAAUCCCAGGAAGGGUGCACUUUCACCCAGAUUCGCCAGCAUGCGGGUCGCAGUGGAUGAAACAAACCGUCUCAUUUGACCGUCUCAAACUUACCAACAACCUUCUGGAUGAUAACGGCCAUAUCAUCCUGAACUCCAUGCACCGGUAUCAGCCCCGGCUGCAUGUAGUGCUCGUGGACCAAAGUACGGACAGUCAACGCUCAGCUCAUCGCAACUUCUGCACUUUUUCCUUCCCAGAAACACGAUUCAUCGCAGUCACCGCCUAUCAGAACCACCGGAUCACACAGCUGAAGAUAGCCAGCAAUCCUUUUGCUAAAGGCUUCCGCACUACAGAUGCUAAUAACUGGUCUGCAGAAGGGACCAAGUCUCACCUCUCUCAUUCCUUUUCGCCCUUGCACCCUCAAGAGAGCACCCAGCACCCAGGCACUAAGAAGCAGAGGACAACAGAAAAACAGCAUGUAAACCAGGGAGCGGCCAGUACCACUGAGAGGAAGAAGAGGGGGAGACAUGCUCAUGUCCACACUGCUCCUAUUGUCCCUCUGUUUAACUGUCAGUGGGAGGAUGGUCUUCGGAGACCAGAAAGAAGCCACCUUGACUGAAGAAAAGUCAGUGUGUUUAUGUUGAACUUACGUUUGACUGUUUUCUUGUAAAGCUGUCUUAUAAUCUCCUAAUAGUGAAUGAUGUGUGUUAAGAGAAGUGUUUUGUUUGCCUGUAUAACGCUAUAAACUCUCCAUCGCUUUCACGAUUGUCUCUCACAAUGACUUACAAUAAACUGCUGGUAUUUUCCUCUGAA